AUGAAAUUGAAAAAAAUCAUCCAGCCGCAACGCCGUCUGGAGAUACAGGCCACUCCCCUGAAAUCAGGAAAAGCAAACAGCAGCAGGUCCUUCAACACAUUGGUCCAGCGCAGGAGGGACGCAUGUCAUAAACAGCUGGAGAUCGAGCUGAGAAAGAAGAUGGAUGAAGUGGAAGAUGAGAUCAGUGGCUACCAGGAUGAAAUAGACGCAGAGCUCGAGUGCGCACGACCCAAACUGAGAGGAGUGUACGCUGCCUACGCUAAAGAAGUCGUUGUAAAUGAGGAACCCAACUCCACUCCUAAGACUGAAGAGGGUGAGGACCCCGAAGAAGAGGACGUUCUCAAGGCCGUGGCCAAGCACUUUGGCAAAGACAUGGAAGAGCUCACACUGGAGGCUCUGCUGAAACUGGAGCAGAGGAAGCCGGGGCAGGAAGAGCAGAACGACCAGGAGCUGGAGGGGGACAUCCCGAAGAGAAAAGCCCCGUCGCUAGAGUCCAUCCUGGGCCCGAUGCCCACGGCCGCCACGCUCGGCCUCCCCGAGUCCAUCAGCAGCUGCAUCAAAGACGGGAAGGAGAACGGUGAGUGCAGCUUAGCUUUUUUCAUCUUGUUUCAUCUUGUUUCAUCCAUCCAGAGGUGGGAGAAGUACUCAGUAAAGUAUCAGCAUCUUAAUAUUUUGCUAGUGGAGUAUGAAGCCCUCUGUAUCGCAAAUGUCAAUGGGGGGGGGGUGCUAUUGGAGUAUUAA